AUGGCGUUUAUACACGCCUCGUACCAACUCGACUCGGGAAUGCCGUUCUACGAACGUAUGGAGUUUCUCGGCUCUCUGCGAGAAUCUCUCGCCCAAAUUCGUCAGGCACGAUCGACGAGACGGAGGGUAUCUUACUUUGCGCGGCACUCGAAGAUCCAGCCGCCCAAGUUCUUCUGCGACAUGAUCAAAUCGCUCAUCGGUGCCAUCCUAUUUGAUUCUGGAGGCUCGGUCGACGUCGUCCGUGUCGUUGUUACCCACCUCGGGAUCAUGGCCAUCCUCGAACACAUCGUCAACGCCGACGUCGAUAUUCUUCAUCCUGGAUCAAGGCUUUCGCUAUGGACACAGAAGAACGGGGGGCAGAUCGACUGCAAUAGCAGGAAGGAGGGAGGACACAUGGUCUGCUCCGUUCUCGUCGACGGUGUGAAGGAGGUUGAAGUGUUGGACGAGUGGCGUGGCAAGCUAAGUCGGGAAGAAAUGAAAUUUACAGCUGGAGAGAAAGCGACCAAGGCGUUUAGGCCGAGGGACGUCGUCGUGGAAUACGAGUUGUUGAAGAAGAAAAAGGAGGCGGGGUCGAAGUCGAGAGGGUGA